CAUUCAGACUGCAGAGUUCCACAAACUUUGUUAGCUUCUCUUGCAGAACGCUAAGCAUUAUAAGUAACUUUGAGUUGUAUUAUUAUUUAUACAUUUAUCUCAGCACAUGGAAUACAAAUUGCAUUUAAAUCUCAUCAGGGGACAAAUUACAGAAGGUACAGUUUAGCUGCAUUUUGCUCAGCUCUUGAUACUAGCGUUGCCUGUAUCGGGACUAUGGCAUCUGUUCCGUCAGCUGGUUGCCUUUUAGCAAAAAAUCAGUUUUACAGAGCACGGCUUAAUUCUGAGUCUAGUGUUUGCUCUUCCAGUAGUUCAGAACAAGGGCUCCCAAUGGAUCAAGAAAAGUCAUAUCAAGGUUUGCCAGAAAUGAUUGAGAAGUGCUGGUGGCUGAAAAACUUUUUUCAUUGUGAACAAGUUCCAACUUCUUCAAUUAGAAUUGAACCAACAACUGCCCGGAAUCACAGCUGAUCAUAACAUUUUGCAAAUUAAAUGAAUCCUUAUGACACUGCAAAAUCCUUCUCCACAAGGAUUCUUCUGCUUCUAUGAAACAAAACGUCAUUUGAAAGUCUGAAAUGCUGCAAGAGAGAAAAGAAAGACCAUAGCCUUGAUACAAACUGAAGCUGAAUACAACUUAACUUGUAUUGUGCAUAACCAUUCUUGGUGUUGGAACAUAAUGAAUACCUUCAACUUCACUAAAUCAUUUUAAUAAUAAGUAAAAAAUUAAGAAAACUGUAAAAUGUUUAAAUUAAUCUGGACCCUGGAAAAUGAAGAUAUUGUUUUAUAUUAUGCAAGACAGUGUAUUAAUGCAGCAAGGUUCUUGACAUGCAUUAGUUGAAUAGGAUACCUUGAAGUCAAAUGUGUUUUCACUCAUAGAUUUGCUGAACAUACUUUGCAAGAGUUUCUGCUAUUUGCUAUGUGUGUUCUUUACCCUGACCUGUCCUACUAUUUUUUUAAACAAUAGUCAUAUUGUGCUUUCAGGCCGUUACCUUCAUUAGCUCUAUUGCUAUGUGAUUGUUUUAAAACAUAACAAGGCACUUAAUUAACAAAAAAAGCAAAAACAGUAUAGAGAUAUAAAAAAUGCAUUUAUAUAGCACCAUAGAAAGAUAAAUGUUCUGCUAGCUGUACUUUAUGUAAAGUGUGUUCAUUACAUCCAUAUUUUUCAUGGAUAAUUUGUGUAUUGAAAUUUUUGUACCUACGAUUUUUUGGUUAAAAGGAAAUAUAAAACAAAUAAAUUAUUUUUAAGAUA